AUGAAACGCAUUGUUGGUGAGAGUUCUCCGCAGGGGCUCGGAUAUGAGACGUGCUCGGGAUCCAAGUACAGCAGACGUCAGAAGUACUACGGCCUGGUAAACCAAGGCGCCACCUGUUACCUGAACAGCGUGCUGCAGAUUUUCUACAUGACCACCGAGUUCAGAGAGGCUGUGGAAAGGCACUGUGAUGAAAAUCCCCGCUCUUCGACUAUUGAUCGUCAGCUCACGAAAGUGUUUAGUAGCCUAAAAUCGGAGGCAACUGACACACGGCCCAUCACAAGGAAGCUGGGGAUUGACAGAGUGUCCGUACAACGCGAUGCUGCUGAGUAUUUUGAGAAGAUCCUAAGAAUGGCCAGUCCUGAGGCGUCAAAGGUAUUUCACGGAGAGUUACGCUACAUCACAGCAUGUUCCCGUUGUGCCAACUCCAAGGAGGAGGUCAGCGCAUUUUGGAAUCUCCCUAUUCCAUUGGAGACUUCUCACGUCGGAGACUAUAGUGUGAUGGAUGGCAUUGAUGCAUUUUUCUGCACUACAAAACUAACUGGAGAUAAUCAGAUGUACUGUGACUCGUGUGAUACCAAAGCAGAUGCAACUAUUGAAUGUCAGAUAAAGACCCCUCCAGAAGCUCUGAUGCUGUUGCUGAAGAGGUUUGAUUUCAACUAUGACUACAUGAAAUACAUCAAAAUCGACCAACGUGUGGCUGUAUCUACCACAGUUCAGAUACCAGGGGACCACAUAUAUGAACUGUACACGGUUGUGAAUCACUAUGGGAAUCUGACGGGGGGACACUAUACGGCGACAAUCAAACCCCAACAUGAUGACUGUUGGUAUGAGUUUAACGACAGCUGGGUCACACAGCUGGAUUCACAGCAGUUCAGGACAUCCUUGGAAACAUCCAACAGUGCGUAUCUUCUAGUUUACCGAAAAAAGAAAAUGCAUGAAGCGGACACCACAGCUCAGGAGGAAGUAAACCAGGAACCUUCUUCUGAAGAGCCCCAAACCAUAACUGAAUAUUAUGAGGGGGCGCAUGAUACCAAGGUGAAGGACAGUCAGCAGGAAGUCAACCAGGAACCUUCUGAGGAGCUCCAAACCAAAUCUGAAUAUUAUGAGGGGGCGCAUGAUACCAAGGUGAAGGACAGUCAGGAGGAAGUCAACCGGGAACCUUCUGAGGAGCCCCAAACCAAAUCUGAAGAUUAUGUGGCGGGGCACGAUACCAAUGUGAAGGAAACUCAGGAGGAAGUCAAACAGGAACCUUCUUCUGAAGAGCCCCAAGCCAAAUCUGAAGAUUAUGAGGGGGCGCAUGAUACCAAUGUGAAGGACAGUCAGGAGGAAGUCAACCGGGAACCUUCUGUGGAGCCCCAAACCAAAUCUGAAGAUUAUGUGGCGGGGCACGAUACCAAGGUGAAGGAAACUCAGGAGGAAGUCAAACAGGAACCUUCUUCUGAAGAGCCCCAAGCCAAAUCUGAAGAUUAUGAGAUGGGGUGUGACACCAAUGUAAAGGAAACUCAGGAGGAAGUCAACCGGGAACUUUCUGAGGAGCCCCAAACCAAAUCUGAAGAUUAUGUGGCGGGGCACGAUACCAAUGUGAAGGAAACUCAGGAGGAAGUCAAACAGGAACCUUCUUCUGAAGAGCCCCAAGCCAAAUCUGAAGAUUAUGAGAUGGGGUGUGACACCAAUGUAAAGGAAACUCAGGAGGAAGUCAAACAGAAACCUUCUUCUGAAGAGCCCCAAGCCAAAUCUCAACAUUAUGAGGUGGGGCAUGACACCAAUGUAAAGGAAACUCAGGAGGAAGUUAAACAGGAACCUUCUUCUGAAGAGCCCCAAGCCAAAUCUGAAGAUUGUGAGGUGGGGUGUGACACCAAUGUAAAGGAAACUCAGGAGGAAGUCAAACAGAAACCUUCUGAAGAUCCCCAAACCAAAUCUCAACAUUAUGAGGUGGGGCAUGACACCAAUGUAAAGGAAACUCAGGAGGAAGUCAACCAGAAACCUUCUUCUGAAGAGACCCAAGCCAAAUCUGAAGAUUAUGAGGUGGGGCGUGACACCAAUGUAAAGGAAGGACGGAGGGAGGAGAAUGUGGACAACGAAGAGACUGUUUAUAUAGAAACACAUAAAGACAUUAACAAGACAGAAGACAGAGAACCUGCUGAUGCUGCCAAAAGUUUAACACCACAGCCCAAGCAUACAUCAACAACACGGGACAUCUUCAGGGCUACCGCUGAUAAACCCGGCAGCCCCGGAGGUGUUGAACAGAGCUUUACAAGACAAGCUGAAGUGGGCAGAGAUGAGAAAAGAGCAGGAAUGGGUGUCAGGGUGGGUAAUCAGGGCAGUCUCGGAGGAGAAAGACGUGAACACGUGGGCAGAAGUGAUGAGAUGACAGCACGUGCGAGCUGUGACGUCGGGGGAGAUAAGACAGUAGGCACAGGUGUUUCAAAGCAAAAAUAUUUAAUGAUUAAAAUUAUAGAAGAGGAAAAGAGAGGGGACACUGUAAGAACUGAAACGAUAGCUGAGUCAAUGCCUUACCUCAACCGAGCAAAUGCGACCGCGAGACGAGAGGACAAUUACGGGGAGAAUGUGCAAGAAGAAUGUGGAAUAUGUGAUGUGUCACAGAGCCUGGCCAAGUUAAGUUUGGGAGAGACAAAGGGUAAAGCAAAUAUAGGACAUCAUGCCCUUCGAGGGGCAGCUGAUAAGAGGCAAAACGCACCACAAAUCGAUCAGAUGAAAGAGCAGCACGCUGACAUGGCUGCAGGGUCUGAAAGGGUGAAAAGGUUCGAGCAAGAGAGUAACCACGUGGGCAAGGAUGAGCUGGGGAAAGAUGGCGCGAGGUUGAGAGGGGGCUGCGGAGGACAGGGGGAGGAACGCCGCACAGAGCAAAGGGCUGAACAAAAAGUAAGCGGUGCGAAACGUGUGUACGAGUCGGUUCAGUCAAGUACGAGCGAUGAUCCGAGCUUGGGCCCGGGCGUUUCAGGACCAGCACAUGGACAAACGAAAAAGAGCAAGGGGUUUAUUAGGACGCCCCCGAAGAGCUCGAAGAGCAGGAGUCCAAUGAAAGAGAAGAGUCAAAAGAAGAAAAAGUUGCGUGGUUGUUUUUCAUGUCUUGAUCCCUCCACAAAAAAGGAUGAGUCAGAUUAACAGAGAAUACACACACACGCUGGCUAUGCACAACACACAUUUGAAUUACAUUUCGGCAUAAAACGCAGUAAACUGUAUCGGUAGAAAAGCAUAAAACGUUUAUCUGUCGAUCACAUAAUAAUCAUCAUCAUCAUCAUCAUUGCAUUUAUAUACAGACUAUGUAUGAUUUGAUCCUGCCCAGAAUGUAUGACAAUAAAAUAAAAUAAAAUUAAACAUAUACAGAUGGGUUACAGUUUUAUGGACUGUUAUUUAAAGUGUUUCAACAUUGUUUAACAUUAGAGGAGAGGAGGCGCCCGGGUAGCGUAACGGUCUGUUCCGUUGACCACCAGCGCAGGGCUCGCCAGUUCGAAUCGCCGCGUUACCUCCGGCUUGGUCGGGCGUCUCUCCAGACACAGUUGGCCGUGUCUGCGGGUGGAAAGCCGGAUGCGGGUACGUGUCUC